GGGUAUGGGAUGGAGGAGGGACCUGCAGAGCCGGCCGGCUGCUACUCCUGUUUGAAAAUAAAUGAUAUGCUGCUGCUGUAGACAUCCUGGUCGGUUGUAGGAUUAGUGAUCCAUCUGCUUCAUUAGAAGAAAGGGAAAAUACAUUCCUAGAGAAAACCUGUUGGAUAGGAACCGGGAAGAUAAUCAUCUGACAAUGCAACUGACUGCGUGCGAACCCAGUGCCAUGUCUGAAGCUGUGGUGAUGGAGCUUCCUCGAGAAGGAGGCUUUCUGGGGUCGUGUGGAGCAGGAGAAAGUUCAGCUUCCCUUGAUGAUGGCAUUUUGGACACAGCAAAUGAGUCUUCAGAGGAAGAGUCCACGGGGGAGAAGGAGGAGAUGGCAGCUCCAGAUGCAGCCACCAGCAGCACUAAGUCUUCAGCAGCGCUGCAGAGCUCAGAGGCUCAACUGGCCCAGAGUCCGCCGUCAGCAGAGCUCCGUCUUUGGACGACACAUCGUGACGGAGAGGUCAAACUGAGGGUCGGAGACUCUGGUGUGGCUGCUGAGGAACCUCUGACUGUCAACCAGAUGUUUGCCGCAGCUGCGGAACGUUUUGGUGAUUUCACGGCUUUGGGUUGGAAGGAGGGUGAGCAACAGAAAACCCUCACCUACAAAGAGUACUACCAGGCUUGUCGCACCGCUGCAAAGGGUUUCUUAAAGCUUGGUUUGAAGCGCUUCCACGGAGUGGGAAUUCUGGGCUUCAACUCUGCAGAGUGGUUCAUCGCCGACAUUGGAGCCAUUUUGGCAGGCGGGUUUGCUGUGGGGAUCUACACCACCAAUUCCCCUGAGGCGUGCCAAUACGUAGCAGAAAACUCCGAAGCUAACAUUAUCGUGGUGGAGAACCACAAACAGCUGCAGAAAAUCCUUCAGAUUAAAGACAGGCUGCCUCACCUGAAAGCCAUUAUCCAAUACAAAGAUGCAGUGAAAGAGAAGAGAGAGAAUCUGUACUCGUGGGAAGAAUUCAUGGAGAUCGGUCGCAAAGAACCGGACGGACCUCUGGAUGCCAUCAUCUCCAGCCAGAAGCCCAAUCAGUGCUGCACGCUCAUCUACACCUCAGGGACCACGGGCCAGCCAAAGGGGGUCAUGCUGAGUCACGACAACAUAACUUGGACCGCUCUAUCAACGGGCAAACACGUCCACCUGAAGGACGCCACCCAGUCCCAGGAGGUGGUGGUCAGCUACCUGCCGCUGAGUCACAUCGCGGCGCAGAUGGUCGACAUCUGGGUCAUCAUGAGGGUCGGAGGGGCGACCUACUUCGCUCAGCCAGACGCCCUGAAGGGGACUCUGGUGAACACUUUGAAAGAAGUGCGUCCCACUGCCUUCAUGGGCGUCCCGCGGGUUUGGGAAAAGAUGCAGGAGAGGAUGAAAUCAGUCGGAGCCAAAUCUUCAGCCGUGCGGCGGAAAGUGGCCGCCUGGGCCAAAGAUGUCGGUCUGCAGACCAAUCUGACCAAGAUGAACCAAAACGCAGCAGCCGGCCGUGCACCGUUCAGCUAUCAGGUGGCCAAAAAGCUUGUGUUUAAGAAAGUUCGUAAGGCUCUCGGUCUGGACCGCUGCACCAAAUGCUACACCGGCGCCGCGCCGAUCACCAAAGACACGCUGGAGUUCUUCCUCAGCCUGGAUAUCCCUCUGUACGAGCUGUACGGCAUGAGCGAGAGCACCGGACCCCACACCAUCUCCAAACCCGAGGCCUUCAAACUCACCAGCUGUGGUAUAGAGAUCCCUGGGUGUAAAACUAAGCUGCACAACCCUGAUGAGGAGGGAAACGGGGAGAUCUGCUUCUGGGGCCGACACGUCUUCAUGGGUUACCUCAACGCCGUCGACAAGACUCAGGAGGCCAUUGAUGAAGACGGCUGGCUGCACUCGGGUGACCUGGGCAAACACGACGACAGCGGAUUCCUCUUCAUCACCGGCAGAAUCAAAGAGCUGAUCAUCACAGCAGGAGGGGAAAACAUCCCUCCGGUUCCCAUCGAGGACGCAGUAAAGGAAGCAGUGCCGCUGAUAAGCAACGCCAUGCUGAUCGGAGACAAGAGGAAGUUCCUCUCCAUGCUGCUCACUGUCAAGUGCCAAGUGAACCCAGAGACGGGCGACCCACAGGAUGAGCUGACGCCAGAGGCCGUGGAGCUCUGCAGGAGGCUGGGCAGCAACGCCACGCGCGUCUCUGAGGUCGCGGGCGGUCGGGACCGCGCCGUCCACGCCGCCAUCCAGGAGGGGAUCAACAGAGUCAACGAGAAGGCGACGUCCAACGCCCAGCGCAUUCAGAAGUGGGUCAUUCUGGACCGGGACUUCUCUGUCGGCGGAGGCGAGCUGGGUCCCACCAUGAAGCUGAAGAGGCCCGUAGUGCUGAAGAUGUACAAAGAUCAGAUUGAAAACUUUUACAAAGAGACGGCGCCUCCAGCGAGCCAGGACAACCAGCUGCCUCCCAAAUAGACGCAGCUUUCCCAGCAGCGACCGUCAGACGGCUCCACGUCACCCCCUGCCUCAUCAGUCCAUCUCCUCUUUGUUCCUUUUUCUGCCUCAGGCCGGUAUAUGUCGGGUCUUGUACAAAGAAAAGCAGAUAGCUUUAAAGUUUAAAAUAUAAAUGCAGCUAUUUGUUUGGAUCCGAUGGCUGACGGAUGGGGUUGAGCCGUUUAUGGGGGAAAUCGCACUGAAAAACUUGAGCUAAAGACACAGAAUCCAAACACAGCAGUUAAGAGGAUGUUUUUUUUGUUUAUUUUGUUUUUUAAAUGGACUGACUUGAUUUAUUUAUUCUUUAGUUUGCCAAAGUUGACGUUCUCACCAAAAACAAAUGAAGAAAAUUGUUUUAUUUGCAGAAAAUGUAACGUUUGAACUCAAAGCUGUCUCCAAACAUGAAGCCAUAUCUGUCGCUUUUAUUUUUUUGUACCUGUAAAUCUCCUGUGUUGAUUCCUUGAUGUUUGUAAGUAUUGUCAAUAGGUUUGCUCUCCUUCUUCUCUCUUGGUCGAAUCGACUCGUUUUAACCUGAAAUGUACAUUUGUCAGAAUAUGUCAGAUUAUUACAUCAGCGAAAAUCACCUAUUUUUUGGCCUUCUUAAAGAUUUUUUUUGAAUUUUAUGAAAUAUAAGGCGUAUUGCACUCAGUACAGCGGAUGUUUACAUGCGGAUGUUGUAAAUAAUGACAUACGGUGGAAGAGGAAGCGAUAACUUUGUGGCUCUGGUUCUCUUAAAGCAGCUAAAGUUAACUGUAAAUAACUUAUUUAAACAGCUAAGUAAAGGAAAUGAUGGUGAUUCAGUGUGUGUGUGUGUGUGUGUGGGGGGGGGGGGGUUAGGUGGCUUUAAAUAAAGAAAACAUGCAGCUCUAAGUAAAGCUGUGGUUUAUCUGUGAAACAUCAGAAAACUUGUUCCUGUUAUCAGAGCGAGAAGUAAAGCAGGCAGAGACUGAAUUCACUUGAACCUGAGCUGCUGUUUGAUAAGAGCCUGAUUCAUGCAGCAGAGAUAAAGUGAAGAUGGCCUGUUUGUCCUGACAGAAAUGUGAAGAUUCCUUUAAUCUGUUCUGGAAUAAAUCCUCAUUCAAAUCUU